AAGCCAUGAUCAAAGAGACUAUGUGCCUACAUCCUCCUAUUCCAUUGCUAGUUCCUCGAAGAUCAACCCGAGAUGUCAAGUUAAUGGGGUAUGACAUUGCAGCUGGCACACAAGUAAUUACAAGUGCUUGGGCGAUUGGGAGAGACCCAUUGUCAUGGGAUGAGCCAGAGGAAUUCAGGCCCGAGAGGUUCUUGAAUACUUCAAUAGAUUUCAAAGGGCAUGACUUCGAGCUAAUUCCAUUUGGUGCUGGGAGAAGGGGUUGUCCUGGAAUUCAAUUUGCCAUGGCAGUGGAUGAGCUUGCAUUGGCAAAUCUUGUUUACAAGUUUGAUUUUGCUAUCCCUAAUGGAGCAAGAGGAGAGGAUUUGGACAUGAGUGAAGCUAUUGGUUUGACAGUCCACAAGAGGUCUCCUAUAUUGGCUGUUGUGACUCCUUGUUCCUUCUAGUCUCCACCUCAUCCUUAUAAAAAAGAAAAAAUUAUUAUUUUAUGUUGGUGUAGUAUGCACUAUUCACACACUAUCAAAGUUUGUAAGAAAAAAAAGUUUUGAUUGGUUUAAAAUAAUGUGCUAAUUUAAUAGUUAAUUAAGCAAAAAAUAAAUAUUGGACAAGAAGUUACCAAAUUUUAUGUUGUUUGGCGAAUUCAGCCUAUAUUAAUAAAUCUUUUGCCUUGUCCAUUAUACUUAAUUUUGUAUUUAACAAAUAGGCUUUUCUAAUU